AUGAAUGAAGACAGUGUAUGUUCAUUCAGUUCUGUGACAGAUGAUAUUGAUGUUGAUGAUGAUGAUUCCUCUUUUAAGAAUCAGAAAAUUUUAGAGAAAGGAGGAUUGUAUGAAGAGAAGGAAGGUGCAAAAAAUUGGUUUGCUGUUGAGAAUAUAAAAUUAAGAAAUAAAUUAAAAAAAAUCAAAUAUAAAUAUGAAAAGCUACAAAGAAAUUUGAAUAGGAAAUACGAGCUACUGAAAAACAAACAAGAUAACGUGCGCAAUGAAAAUUUGUAUGUAGAAAUUGAUAAACUCCUAAAGAAAAGGAGGAAAGGAAAAACAUACAAGAAUUCAUAUAUUCAGACAGAUAUAACUUUUUUAAACAAUCGAUUUAUAACAUGGGAUAGCUAUUUUGAAGAUAGUGAAAUUAAAAAAUGUUCUAGUGAUGGUGAUAUAGAGAUAUUAAAAAAAAGAAGGUUAUCAAAAAAUAUCAGUGCAAUUAAAUUUACUAAUGCUUUUAAACAUAUAACUAAAAAAUUUAAUUUUAAUGAAAGAUAUAAUAAAAAAAAAGAAAACAAAAAUUUAUAUCAUAUUCCAGAUGGAAAUAAAGAUUAUUAUAUUUCUAUAAAAGAUAUAAAUAAUAAUAACAAUAAUAAUGAUAAUAAUAUAUUUAAUCAUGUUAAAGAAUAUAUCAACGAAAGAAAUGAUUUCAUUUAUAAAAAUCAUGAAAUACAUAAGAAUCGAUUUUUAUAUAACUUUUAUACAAAUGAUGAUAUAAUCUAUAUAAAACAAAUUACAGAAAAGAGUUCUAAUGUUCUUAAAGACAUUAAAUUAAAAAAUAAUGUUCAUAAUAAUUAUAAUAAAUUAAAAGAAACAACUCAUCAUUAUAUUAACAACAAUACAGACUAUUACCCAAAUAAACAAACUAAUGAAAUAAAUAAUUCUUUAUAUAAUAAACAACAUGAUCAGUUUAUUAUAAAAAAUAAUCAUAAUGUUAAUAUAUCUGAAAAUAUUCAGAAAGAUAAAAAAUAUAUAAAAAAUCAACAUAAUAACAACCAUUUUAUAAACAAUAAAGAUAAUAUAAAUUCAAAUACUAUAACAAACGAACAAACUAAAAAAGAAGAAAAUAAUACAAAAAAGAAAAAAAAGAAAAAAAAAAAAAAAAAAUUUCCCAUUCAAUUUAAUACAACAAAUAUACAUAAUCAUCAUAACUUAAGUUGUAAUAAAUUCAAUAUAAAAAAAAACAAACAGACAUAUAAAGAUGUACUUUUAAAAAAUAUUAAAAUGAAACUGAAUCAAACUUGUAAUAAUAUUGUAAAGGUAAAUGAAAAUUAUUCAGAUCAUAACAAACAAAUACAAUGUAUUAAAAAAACUCCUGAAAAUUUUCAAGCACAAAAUCUUAAACAUUCAUACAGCACAUUCCAAUUUUUAAAAAAUCCUCACAAGCAAAAUGAAACAAAUAAUAAUCAUAGUAAUACUAUACAUAAUGAUAAUAUUGAUCAUCAUAUGAACAAUAAGAAUUAUCUAACCACAAACGAAAUUUUAUCAAAGGAAAAAAAAAAAAAAAAUAUUUUUAAUAGUCAAAAAUUUUUUAUUGAAAAUAUAUAUCUCAAGCAAAAUGAAUUACAAUCACAAUUAAGGAAUCAACAAAAGGAAAAAAAUUAUAUAUCUCAACAAGAAUGUGAAAAAUAUCCACAUGAAGAUAACGAUGAAAAAUAUCCACAUGAUUAUAAAGAUGAAAAAUAUCCACAUGAUAAUAUAGACCAAAGUGCUCUCUUAACAAAUAACCAAAUAACACCUCAUAUAAAAAAUGUACAGAAAAAAAAAAGAAAAAAAGACAAUUCUAUUACUAAUAGUAACAAAGAGGAUUCAAAUUAUAAUGAACAUAUAAAUAAUAAUUCUUAUUAUAAUUUGUUUAAUAUAGACGAUUCAGAUAUUAUUUUGAAUGAAAACAAUUUUGUUUUUAAUAAUAUUGAUAAGAGUAUUGAAGAUAUAAAAAAAAUUUCCUUACAAUACAAAAAAAAGGCAUUCCUUUUCUAUUUAUAA